GACAGAUACCGGCACAGGCGGCGAUGCAGGGCCAGAUUUUGGGGCCGAGACAGAUGCCAGCAUCGGGGGCGAGUCAGGGCCCGGGGCAUGUAGAGAGGCAGAUGCCGUUACCUGGUGAGAGCCAGAUGCCGCUUUCCGGUGAGAGUCAGAUGCCGCUUUCCGGUGAGAGUCAGAUGCCAGAUGUGGGGGGGAGCCAGACUACCCAUGAGGAGGACGUUGCGAUGUUGGGUACCGAUCAGUUGGCCCCCGGUAGCCCCCAGGGUAUGGAUUCAGAUGAUGAUCAGCAUCCUCCACCAGCCGGAGAGGUUGGCGAGGAGGUUGUAGGCGACCCAGCGACGCAGCACAUAGGGACUGGGCAGAUUCGGUUGAUGGGGUACAACCCAGACGGGACCAUUUAUUAUGAGGUGAUUGACGACCCAGCGAGAAACUGGGUGCUCCCGAGGGGGAAGAAGGUUGUAUUGCAGUACAAUGCUGCUAUACAACCUGUAGGACGAGCCUGCAAUCGUUUUCGGCGGGAAGUGGGCAAGAUGAUCAGGAGUGGGUCCUACAUACACAUGCGGGACGAAUGGGCGAGGGUAAAUAGGCAGAUUAAGCAGGCAAUGUGGAACGCACUGAUGGAGGAGUUCUAUCUACCUGUAUCAGUUGACAUGCGCAGGGCACAACAGGAGGCGUGGAAUGAUAUUGGAAGUAAGCACCGCUCGUGGAAGUCGAGGUUCAAAACCCAACUAGGAAUUGGAGACGGUGACACGCCCGAGAGUAUCCGUGCGAGAAUGCCGGAGAAAUUUUUUGAGCAGUAUGAUACAGAAGAUGUAGAAUUCCUGCUGAGAGAUUGGUGCAGAGAGCAUAAAAUCGCAACCUCUGAACGGAUGAAGAGGUUGCGGGAGCGGAAUGACCUACCCCAUUGUGCGGGAUCUAAAAGUUAUGCCAGAUUUAAUCACGAGGAGGCAUGUACAUCUGGCACGCCCCCCACUCGCGCCGCGUCGUUCGUGAAGACCCACACAAAGAAGGACGGCACUUUCCUGAACGACCGUACACGGGUCUUAUGCGAGAGGAUGACGCAGAGUUUAGCCAGUGAUCCAGCCGCCACGCAAAGCGUCUCCGCAGACACGGUGCGUUGGGCACCGAACGACGCUUACGAACAGGCGAUUGGGAGGCCUGAGUAUGCAGGGAGGGUUCGGCAGGUUGGCCCGAACGUCACACCUGUUCGAGGGACAUGUUUUUCAUAUAGGCCUCGGUCACAGGGGGGACCAUCUCAGGGGACGUCUCGGGAUUGGGCCGAACAGUCUCGGAAGAUGGAAGAGAUGCAAGCGGAGCUACAUGCUGAGCGAGCGAGGAAUGACCGUUUGGAGCAGCGCGUGCAACAGUUCGACGGCAUAGAGCAGCGCUUGCGAGAGAUGGAGGUCUUCAUGUCCUCCAUGGCAGUACCAGCACCAUGUGUUGGUAAUCAGUCUUCUCCUGCACACGUAGGUAGUACGUCGUCCGUUGGUAGUGCAUCUGCAGGUAAUUCGACAACGGUUGGUACGUUGUCGCCUGUUGGACGACAGCUGAGCCAGCACUCCACUGUCGCUACACCUUCGCCCGCUACACCAUUCAUUGCGCAGCAAUCGCCGGUGGGCGAGAACACGCCUGGGACGGUACCUCGUGAUUCGCAGAGACGCCUUUCAGAUUUGUAGAUAUUUUGUGUAAUUAUUUUUUGUUCGUAAAUAUUUGCUUGUUAACGAAUAUGUUAUUAAUUAUUUGUUUGUGUAGUAUGAUUUCGUGUUGGUUUUGGGUAAAAUAAAUGCUGCGUUAUUUGU